AAUUCUUCUUGUACAAACACACAUCAGUCUAUCAUCGACGUAACCUCAGGACUCCUGUCUCUCCCCUACUCUUCUCGGCCUACAAUGAUUGAGAUACACUCCUUUUAACCUCUUUCCUACCAUCCACCACCCACAAUCCACCCCACAAAUCAAUCCGAACCGAAAGCCUCGUUGCUUGCCUUGCCCGUCCUCACGAUCCUUCAACCACGCCCACACCGAAUUUACUGCGUGUACACAUCACCACUACCACCACCUCGCCCAUAUGGAGAGCCUCAGCCUCCACGACCCCCAGCCAUCAUCCGCGCCGGCUCUGGGCCAACAACCAGCGCAGCAAGGAAAUGCCGUCUUCCCAGGCCCACCGCCAACCCAAGGCGCACCACAACUCCCGCCGCAGAUGUUCACCACGGCUGCGCAACUAUUAGAUCUCACCGACAAAAAACUCCUCCUCGUACUGCGCGACGGGCGCAAGAUUCACGGUGUUCUCCGAUCCUGGGACCAGUUCGCCAACCUAGUCCUGACCGACACACGAGAGCGAUAUUUCGUCACAAUACCAGCCACUGAUGCCACAUCACAGCCUCGACAUCUCUACUGCGACAUCCCCCGUGGCACUUACUUGGUGCGAGGAGAGAAUGUGCUGUUACUGGGUGAGGUCGACCUUGAUAAAGACGACGAUCCUCCUCCGGGGUAUGAAGAAGGAAACGUCGAGGAAGUCUUCCGUGCUCAAAAAUUGCUCGAACAGACGCGGAGGGAGAAGGACAAGGUUCGGGGGAGAAAGCUGGCUCAACUUCUGGGAGGAGAGGUUGAGAAUAGUGGUGAAGUCCUCUUUUGAUGAGAGAGAUAUUUGGAGGUUCCUUCCAAAAGACAUAGAACGGGAUCCUACCCUUUGGAGUCUCUUCGAUGUCAGAGGAGGUCAAGCUGCCAUCCAUCCCUUGUCGGACACACACGCCCUCGAUCGCCAUCUGGUCUCUCUCCGUUCCGGCCCGGGAAGUCGAUCGGGUCUGUACAUCACAGGCCAUAUUUGUUUUAGGUGAAAUGUUCUGUGGCUUCUGGCAACCAGAAGCCAUGGCUUGGUCUAUCGGGGCAGAAUAUUGUGAAAUGCCCUUUGACCAUGAUGCUGUUGAGUGCCACGUGAUGAGGAUCGCACGAACCUCGAAACUCACUGGAGCUGGCAAAACAUCAUUUACAGGACCCUACAAUAUAUUGAUAUCGUCUUGUUCUCUUGAUUAAUUAGAC